AUGAGCCCGAGCGACACGACGGCGGUAGCCACGUCGGUCGCUGGAAGCGUUGCUGCGAAUGCGAACAACUUCAUCGUGUGCCCCGUCGAGCAGCCACGUCGUACGGACCUCGGCGUUCAUGUGCUGCGCAUAGAGACAAACACCUGCGAGGCGAGCAAUUGCGACGCAUGGCCGCUCGACGAUCAAAGGCAAGACCAGCAGCGCGCCAGAAACGGCCGGUCGAUCUUGACAACCAUUUGGCUGGUCAAACGAGCAGCUUAUGGCGUUGCUGAGGUAGCAGCGGCGGUGGUGGAUGAAGCGAGUCCUUCAUCGCAGGAGCUCAAAGAUCUCGGCGAGCCCACUGCGGCCGAAUCUAGGGUCACCAACGAGAGCGAAGUGAUCGUGCAGUCGACCUGCAAGUGGAGCUCUCUGCUCAAACCAGCGACGAUGCGCCCGGAGCUCUUCGUGCCAACGAGCGUAGCAGAAACCACCUUGCAGUGGAAGAACGACAAGCACGUCAAGGUGAAAGGUAUGGACGGCACGCGGCAUCGCGAGCCUUAG